AAUGGAUUGUUUAUCUAUCGUAUUUGUCUUGUCUAAACGUUUGCGAGAAUAUUGUAAAAUCAGCCCCGAUUCCAUGGUCAAUUACGACGAAUCAGAAAAUAAUACGGUCUACUAUAAGCCAGAUAAUCAAGAAUGGUACGUAAGCAACAUUACUACAGAACGAAAUGAGCAAUUUUACGCCUGCUGUCCGGAACCUUAUCCCGAUGUUACUUUUACCAUUCACAUGACCAGAAGGUCAUUGUUUUACGUAGUGAAUUUGAUUUUUCCGUGUUUGCUCAUCUACGCCGUAGCCUUCCUGGGCUUUUUUCUACCUGUUGAGAGUGGUGAAAAAGUCAAUUUAGAAAUUACCAUCCUUCUCGCCCUUGUGGUCUUCCUCCUAAUUGUUGGGGAAACUCUUCCACCUACUCCAGAUGCAAUACCAGUUUUAGGUCUACUCUUUGGUACUACAAUGUUGAUGGUGUCCAUAGCAUUGGUUAUGGCAGUAAUAGUAACAAAUAUCUACUUACGUAAGGAUGCCCAGAGGCCAGUUCCUAAUUGCUUACGUUAUUUGUUUGGCAUGGAAAAGUGCAGAAGGAAAAUGGAAUCUCCAAAAAUUCGUGCUGUAGGUGAUGCUCGCCCAUUACGAGAAAUUCGCGACGCUACCAUUGAGUUAGAUUCAUUAUCUAUAGAACGUAAUCAUAUUUUUGAAAGAAGGAGAUCAAGUGACUCACGAGAAUCAAUUUCACAUGAUAAAGAUUGGCUGAUCCUAGCUAAAAUUGUUGAUAGGAUUUGUUUUUGGAUUUUUUUAUCAGCCAGUGUUACUGCAAUAUCAGCAAUGUAUAUGUCAAUUCCUUCCUUCAAUACAUCCUAA